AUGGCCCCCAUUUCUCGGGGUGACCUGGACAUGGACAAUCCAUCGUCCGAUAUCUCUCAGUCUCCAGAGCCCAGAUCGCACAAAAUCAAAUGCGACUGGUGCGGGAAGCUUCUGGAUUUUCCCAAUGAUGAGACCAUUACUGAAGAAGAUGUACUUAAUGCGCAUGUCGCUGCCGACCAUCCUGAUAGCCAUCUAGAGUAUGAUGGCAUUGAUGACAGUCAUCUCGAUGAAAAUGAUGAACUGGACCUCCAGGAUGAGGAUGCUCUCAAUGAUGCCUCCCAGUUUGAUGAUGCCGACGAAGCUGACGAAGCCGAAGCGGCGGAGGAUGUCGAAGAGGGCGAUGAAGCUGAAGAAGUUGAAGAUGCCGAAGGCAUUGAAGAAAUGGAAGGUGAUGACGCUGACGAAGGCGACGAAGGUGACGAAGGCGAGGAAGCCGAACUCGGCGACCAGGAGCCCGGCGAAGACGAGGAAGAAACCGAACCAGUAACGGCUGCCCCUUCCGUCAGUGGUGAGCAAACCGAUAUGACAGCUGGUUCUGGUGUUGCCAGGACCAUUGCUCCCAAGGCGAAAACCACCAAGGAAUCUCAGGGCAAACUAGACCGACUGGAAUGGCUCUCCAACCCUCGCGGCGCUUUCCCCGAGGAAUAUCGUCGUCGCCUCGCUCAAUGGCAACCACAAGAGAUGCCAGAGCGCCUACUGAAACUAUGGAAUGUCGACAAUGUGAAGAAGUUUAGCCCCGCCUAUGAACAAGAGGCUGCCAAAGCCCACGCAGACUGGCAAUCAGUGUUCCACGACAGCAAGCCAAAAAAGCGUGAUGCCCCAGAGCCACUCACGUUCCCCGAACCUUACAAAAAUACUAAGGUCGAGACAGGCAAAUUCCUGGAAAUCAGCAAUUUUGAUCAAAUGGUCGAAAUGUUGAAGAAGCCUGAACUUCUCUCCCACGAAGAGCUUUAUGCAGCGACUGAAGCUGUUGCCGUCGCUCUGAAAACCUGGCAAGAUGAAUAUUUGGCCCUCGACAAACUCUAUUUGCACGCACAUCGCCAUAUCCGAAGUGCAAUUACUCUUGAUUCUAAGCGGGAGUUCGCAAUGGGUCACAAGAAGAAAGCCGGUCACCCAAUGGCUCGGGUCCCAGAAAAUGACCUUGAUUUCGAAGACAAGAAAGAGGCAGCGCUCUAUGGUUACAAAUACACCCAAUUCCCUACCAACACAGCCACUGCUGUCAGUCGAGUCCCUCAAAAUCCAUUCGUCCAAGGUGGCUUUGUUCCGACUCCCGCGCAGGGAAGAAAGAUGGCCACAAAGGUUGUUCCGGGUGAUCGCAACCCUGAUGGUUGGACCCCUAUCGUGCGAGAUGACGGAGAAAUGGUCCCUAAGCUUUGGGAGCAGCGGCGCGAGCCUUUGUACCCUAAGUUCACCCGCAAGCGCAAGGCUGUGGAAGUGGAGACCUCCAAGACCGAUACGGAGGAAACCCAGCAGGAAUCUCCCGACGCAGAAGAGACCGAAGAGGAAGUCCUGCACCCUCCCAAGCGACGCACCCGAGGCCGUGGUGGCCGACGUGCUACCUUUGAAGCCUAUCAGCCAGAGCCUGCUGUUGUCAGCACCCCCCGCGGCCGUGGUCGCGGCCGUGGUCGUGGUCGUGGUCGUGGCCGAGGUGCAAGUAGCCUUAUUUCCACCCGGGCAGCUCUUGAUGGUACCCAGGCUAGCACAUACACUCCUACUGCGGCCCGUGGUCGAGGCCGCCGUGGCGCAAGUACCCUCGCCGCGUCUACACCCCCAGCUCCCCGUCCGGCGACUGCGGAGGCAAUUGCUACGUUCGUCGACUACUCACCUAUGCCGGAGGCUCCUCCCCCUCUCCCCCUCAAGCCCGCCCCAGUCGCGAAGAAGGACAUCACGGUGAAGAGGGAUGCGACUGCGGAGGAGCUUGAGGAGGCUCGUCGGCAAAAGAUCAUGAACUCGAAGAACCCUAAGCGCACCAAGGCGAUGCUAGACCACUGGGAGCGGUUCAACCGCGAGGGACGUAUUCGCAACCCCAAGCGCUCCAAGGCUCAGAUCGAGCAGGAUCGAGUGAACGAUGAUAUUCGCAAGACCAAGGACGUCCCAAGGCCAGCCGGCCGUCGCCGCCGGUCUCCGUCCCUUGCCCCUCUCCCUGCCGGCAACCUGGCCCCCAAAGCCCCCAACUCCAUGGCUGCGAUGCCCGGCGCACCGCAGCCCAUGGGGCCGGGGCCUGGGCCUGGGCCUGGGCCAGGACCGACGCUGCCGUCACUGGGAAUGGCGCAUUUCCCCCGCCAAACCCGUUCACCGCGCAGCCUCCGGUGGCUGGGCUUGGUCAGCCCAUGCCCGGGCAGUUCGCGCCGUUCCCGUACGUCGCUCACCACUACGGGCUGGGCCACGGGCAUAUGCAGGCGCCCCCACCUCAUGACCCUCGCCACCGAGGCGUCUGAGGCUAAAGUUAUCAAUGCAUGUACGCUACGUGCAUAUUCAACAGGCUCGAAACUUGGUCUCUCGGAGACUAAGCAAAAGAUAUCAUUUUUUUAA